AUGAGCCGGCGUCUCCUUCCCGUGGUUUCAUUUGCGGCUUUUGGGACUGGUGGAAUUCUUGGAGUGUUCUUCGAAAGGUUUGAAAGCGAAAAGAAAUGUUCUUACAUAGUACAUCCAAGCCUGAGUAUCAGGCUGAUACUCAGGCUAAGUACAUCCGUCAAACUUGAUUUCUUGAUUGCAGAUUUGAACUUAUACUAUUGUUAUUCUUUCGUCUACCAUAUUUUUUAGCAAGCGUCUCUUGCGGGGUUAUAAAUUUGCAGAUAGGGAGAUCGAAAGAGUCGCUGUUUUCCUGGAUAAUGAUCUGUUCAUUUUCUCCUUUGUGCUUCCCCCACCCUCCAUCAUCAUUCCAACCCAGGCCCCUGUUCUUGCUUGGGCUAAAAUUUGCCACGUGGCACUCAUCUAUACAGCCAUUUUGCAGGCUUAUCCCCAAAACAGCAUGUAUGUUGUCACAACAGUUUGGUACAAUGUAAGUGCCCUGGUUGUGACACAAUGUGCCCCCCUCCUCCCACUGCUCCUCUUAAACAAAUCCCAGCUAUGCCAGACUGUCAUACUGCCCAUACUGAAUGUCAGAACCUUAGAUAAUCGAUUGGUUUGUCAAGAAUAGAUAAUGUUUUAUUUUUUAGAAAGAGGCAACAGGAGAAUUUCCUUCCAGUGGUACAUGCCAAGCGCGAUGUAGUAGAUGGAGGACUUGGUCAGAGCAGACAAUCAGAAAUAAUGCAUUUUGGGUACCCUAGUAGGUUCUUAUAAAUUUCUUGUGGUUGAUUUUGUCACAGGUUGCAUGUACUGAAAAAUUUAUAGAAAAAAUUAUCUGGCUCACACCAUUCUGCAAAUAUUUUUUGGAACAGGUUUCGAGAAUAUAAAGGCCAAGAAUGAUUAUGUUCUUUCUUACAAUCGACGCCUUAGACUGGCUAACUGGGUUGCUGAGGUAACGUUUUUGCAUUUUAUUUGCACAUCUUAAGGCUACUCCAUGUAUUACUUUUUGUGCAGGAGCGAAAUAAUGUAGACUUGGUAGGGAAAUCUCAGAUGACUGAAGAGCAGGGUUGUCAGUAAGAUUUCAAGUUGUCAGAUGUAUGCAAUUAUUAGGGCGAGAAGUUCUUUUGGCUAUUUUCUGUUUGUUUCCUUUGAAAGUAGCCAGGGGUCAUGGUGAUAGUGGAUGGGGGAAAUCCCUGACCCCCGACCCUUAGUGACAGCCAUACCGAGGAAACCUCUUACACUCUUAGGAAACAGGUGUUCCCAUCUUAACUUACAAAAGUUCUUAACACAUCUUGUUUGUAGCAUUUAACAGCUAGGAAUGUGUACAACAGAGAUUUGGACAGAGGAAAGUGUGAUUUUGCACAGGAUCCAACUAUCCAUCCAUUGUUUUCAACUUCUAAUGAGGAUUACAGGUGUGCAUUUCACAAUCAAACACCUUUCAUUUAGCAAGCCGUACUGGGAUAUAUUUGUCAGCAAAAGGACUAAACUGUCAAAUAAAUCACAAGAUGUUAUCCACAGAUUCCAGAUAAAGCCACCUUGUGUAGCAAUCUUGUUCCCAGUUUCCUCUCCUGUUUGUCCCCUGGAUCCAUGGAAACGAGGUUGCUUGUGCAGCACAAUGGAAUAAAUACAGAUGAGGAUUUUUCAGCUGACUCGUUAGGAAAAAAAACAACCUUGUUUGUUUCCUUGACACUAAGAAUGAAGAGUAAAGAAAAUAUAUAACUCAUUUCACUGAACUGCUAGCCUGCCAGCAAGCUCUCUGAGGGACUCUCCCAUCCCACCACCCCACCGCCAGAGUCUCCCUCUCCCCCUUAGAGCUUACCGUAAGGCUACUUAACUGCUUGUGUCAAAGCGAAGUGUUUAUAGGUAAUCACAAUAUGAAUGAGCAUGAGGCAAGACGUAGGUUAGCCUGCUUUGCAGCUUGCCCAUGCAUCAUCUAGGCCAUUUGUAUACAGAUGGUUUAGAGUGCCUGCGACGCAGGCUAGGUGUAGGUAUUACUGCCAGCAACAUGAAGUGGGGUGUUAUCAAGUUAAAGUUACUAACCUUCCUAACCUCUCCUCAUCCCCCCCCCCCCUUGACAUACACACACACCCCUAUGAAAAAGGAAUUUUGACGAUAUUUUUGGACCAAAUUAUAACAACAGUAAACUGAUCCCAAUGGCAAGAAGACUAUUUUAUGAGUAAUUCAAAAAAUAUACUAUAUGUAACUGUUUUUGUCAAUUCAAAGGAUGAGUGGAUAUGACAGAGGUCAUCUAGCUGCUGCAGCCAAUCACCGGUCUUCUCAGGAUUCCAUGUGUGCCACGUUCUUUCUUAGCAAUAUGAGUCCACAAGUUGGUGAGCAGACAUGUCAACUGUUUAAAUGGCUUGCGAGCAAGCUCUCAAAUUAUGGCGUGCGAGGGCCUCUCGCACUCGCGUCCCCAUUUGCGUGCGGCUCUCGAGUGACUUCUUGCGAGUCUCCCAGACUACUGUUUAAAAUGUAUCGUACGUCUUAAGACAACAUUUCACCAGCGGAAGUUUUCUUUCCUUUCUUUAAGGCAGGCUCAGGAUUUAACCGAGAUGCUUGGGAACAUCUUGAAAAAUAUUCACGGCAUUUGACAAGGUUUUACAAGAAUGUGUAUGUUAUAACUGGACCUCUCUUCUUGCCAAAGUAAGCCUGGGGCUUUUAAGCUCGCAAAUACAUGUUUGUAGUAGUCGGCAUAGCUAGCGGUUUGUUUGGUGAGCGAGAGAAAAAGCUCUGAAAACGCGCGCAAAGGUCGCACGAACGGGCAGUGAAGGUUUCUCGUUGUUUCCGCCCCGAUCUUUCAGGCCGGGUCACCCAACAACGGUUUCCUCCUAAAUACAUUGAGAACACUUUUUAAGGCUAUCCAGAGCACUUUUAGAUCUCUAGAAAUGCAUGCUUUGUGGAACUAUAAAAUUUGUAUCUGUUAGGUCAUCCUAGGGGAACUUGUGUCUUUUCGAAAAUAUUAGGGCUCUAGUAUUGCUUUCCCAAAAAUUUUAGAUGCAAUUUAACGUUUCACGAAAGUGAGAAUUUUUUAAAUUCCUCUUUACAUCGCGUUUUUGAAUCUGAAAAUUUUAGGUUCUCUUAUUACUUCGAAAAAUAGCCCAACCUGGAGAGUAAAAUGUGAAAGAUUAUACUUCAGAAAAUCGUAGCAGAUUUAUUGAAGAAGCUUCGAAAAUUGUACAUGAAUGGAACCGCCAUCUAGAAAUUUUUAGCCAUGCUCAAGUUACAGAAAAUUCUAGGCAAUAUUUGCUUCUCCGAACAGAUAUUUUGCAGAAAACAGUCGUUGGGUGCCCCUGAUCUUUUCGUGGCUUUGCAGCUCAUUUGCGCGCUCAACAAACAAAACCGCCAGUUACGCAGACGUAGCCUGUGUACAGACACCCCUACCCCCUCCCCUCAGGAAAACAGACUACGCGGGCCUGGCAUGUAAGCUAUGUUUGUAGUUUUUGUUUAUGAUGUCAGUGUAUUGAUUUCGACAGGGAAGAAUGAAAGAUAGAUUGUUGAUCGAUUUCUGUCUUUACAGAUAAGUUCGAUUUGUUAGCUAAGAUUUUCAUUUAAAGGAAAAAAAAGAUCCUUAUUCAAAGUAUUCUUGUUAAAGAAAUAUUUAUUUGAGCCGUUCAAUUAGUUAAAAGGCGUUUCUUAGAAAGUUUUUGGAAAAACAAAACUGACAGCUACGUAUGCCUGGUUUUUUGUGUUUUUGUUUAUAAAUGUUUUUCGACAGACACGAUUUCAAAUUUCGACGCCAACUUUCGUCCUGAUCCAAAGUAUUAAACAUUCUAAGUUAAAAAAAGAAAAAAAGUUUUAGACACGCCCAUCCAUUUUGGUGGUGAGCAAGAAAGUUCUUAUCAGUGUUUCAUUGAAAAUACAAUGUUUCAUAUCAAUCUUUUUUAGACUGGAAGCAGACAACCAGUUGUACGUGAAAUAUAAGGUGAGACGUGAUAAGUCGCUUCUUAGCGUCAGUAAAGAGGAAAAUCGGCUUGACUAAUGGCGGUUGCGUUCAUUCUGCCUCGCACUUUCCUUUCACAUUUGACGAUGUUUUGGCUUUCUCUGCCUAGUAGUUUACAUCACGCCAGCGCGAGCUCACUCCUGUUUCCUUUCGUGGCUCUGUAUUUGUUUACAUGAUACCGAGACGAAAUGUCGAGCCGGCGCGAGUAACACCGGCGUGAAUUCACCCCGGCUGUUGUACCGGAGCGAGAAUUUCACUCCGGUACGAAAUUUCGUAACAGUAUCAUGUAAAUGCGUUCGGUGUGAAGUCGGUCUGCCUGUGGACUGCAACGGGUAGCGCAUGCGCAGUUAGUUUUCGUCAAUCCAGAAUGGCAUCGUCAUAUUGGUCAUGGGCUAUGGGGCCACGAAAACUGAACAUGCAAACACGUAAACGCGAUACGAAAUCAAGAAGUUACCCCUGUAUGAAACUCGCGCCGGUGCGAGUUUUCUCAUGUAGACACCACCUAACUAGCGUUCUUCUCAUAAUUUCUGCAGUUUCUAAUUUUCCAGUGUUUUUUUUACGAUAUCUAGCUGAUUGGUAUCAACCGUAUAGCCGUUCCUACACACUUCUUUAAAAUCAUCUUAGGAGAGACAAACGACAACCAACUGGAAAUGCAGGUGCGUUAUUCUCUUGUUAAACCGCAACUUCCAGAAUUCAUAUGUACAGACGAACCUAUAUGUGCGUCAGCCCUUGUAAGCCUGGCGGAGGGAGGGGGUACUCAACAAAUGUUUACACGGAGAGGCUCCGCCCCGAGGUCCAACCCCUUACCCUUUUAUACACCAUUUUCCACGAAAAAGUUACCCCUUUCAUAUACCUUCUAUUGACAAAUGGUACCCCUUUCACAUACCUUGUUUAGAACUUUGCAUCCCUUUUCACUGCUAUAAAUGCACUGUCUUUUAAAUAGGAAUCAAUCAUGAAGAUAGAACGUUUUCUCGACUUUUUAAAGCCAUGAAAUUCAUCUGUUAGCCCUUUUGGGCCCACUCAUAAGGGGUUGAACAACCCCUUAAGAGUUGCUGGUGAAGCUAAAAAUCUCUAUUAACAAUCAUGUCUUUAAAAAAGACACAUCACGUCACAAUCAGUCACAUGUUCUAUCUCUCGUUGCAGUCCUACAUAUUGCCCAAUCAACCAAUCAACGAGAAGACGCCGCUGCACAUGUUUCAAGUCCCAGCAGAUACAAUUGAGAAGGCUUCCGGUCUAAUAGUCUUCGACAAGGUUCCUCGUCACAAUAUAAAACAAAUCCGACCAACGAUUCCUGUAAGCAGUUGACGUCAGGAGCCGAUUAGAGUAGUAGGCUCCUGUUGACGUAAAUGUUUGUCCAGAC